CCUAUUUCUUCCACGGCCUCCCUCAUUCUGUCUUGAACUGAUUGUUACUCUAUUGACAUUCACAUCAUCCCUUGCUAGUUGCUCAUUCACUCAAUACUAUGCUUCAACCACUCAAAAACGUCGUCAUUCUUGGCGGCUCCUAUGUCGGACUUGCUGCGGCGAAAGAGCUAGCAGCUGCAUUGCCAGCAUCUCAUCGUAUAUUGCUCGUUGAACCACACAGCCAUUUCCACCACCUGUUUGUUUUUCCUCGUUUCUCCGUUGUGCCCAGAUACGAGCACAAGGCUUUUAUUCCAUACACCGGAGCCUUCGGGGCAUCACCCGACGCCUCGCGGCAUCAAGUUAUCCAGGCUCGCGCUGAAUCUCUCCACCGUGGUCGCGUCGUUCUUGAUCGGCCCUGGCAGGGGUCGGCCGAAAUUGCAUUCGACUACCUUGUUGUCGCCACCGGCACCCGGCUACAAGCACCCGGCUCUAUGCCAUACGACGACAAACUGUCUUCGGUCGAGUAUCUCAGAUCUUACCAAGAUUCCGUCAUUAAGGCUUCGUCUAUCGUCAUAGUCGGAGGCGGCGCCGUCGGUGUUCAGAUGGCUACCGAUCUGAAGGAGUUGUACCCUGCGAAGGAGGUCACCCUUGUGCAUUCUCGGGAGCAUUUGAUGCCUUUGUACCACACAAAGAUGGACGAAAUCAUCAAGUCUCGGUUCAGCGAGCUGGGUGUCAAGCUCAUUACUGGAACGCGCGCCGUGCUCCCUCCCGAUGGCACACAAGGUGUAUUGAAGCUCACAGAUGGCCGCGAGAUCGUAGCCGAUCUGGUUAUCCCCGCAACUGGACAAACACCCAACAAUGGAUUUGUCAAAACUCUCGAGCCGAGCACCGACGCUCCGUUGCUUAACCCAUCCAAUGGAUUUAUCAAAGUGCGGCCCACGCUCCAGUUCAAGGACCCGGCCUACUCCAAUCUGUUUGCCGCUGGUGACAUCGCCGACAGCGGAGCACACAAGGCUGCCCGACCCGGCGCUGCGCAGGCGCAGGUAGUCGCCAAAAACAUCGUCGCCAUGGUAGAGGGUCGGGAGCCCACUGAGAACCUCUUAGUCACUCCUCCGGGGAUUCAUCUCUCUCUGGGGCUGAUUAAGAACAUGGUCUUCAGAAACCCCAAUUCUGCAGCGGGGGAAACGGAACCUACCGUUAUGAUGCGAGACGAUGGGAAAGAGGACAUGAACAUUGAUAGUGUCUGGGAACGUCGCGGUGUCAAGGUCGCCGAUCCAAAGGAAUACCACCUGUAACAAGACAAAGAAAGUAAAUAAGAGGUGGUAGAGUGACUGGACAAGUACCUUGCUGUGGCGGUCGACACUCGAGGCUCGAGCACAGCCGCAUUGACAAUUGAAGAUGACUGAUCAGAAAUUGCCCAUCAUGAUAACUAAUCACGGCUUCGGUAGUCAAAGCCUUCAUUGGUAAUACGGAUGAAGUUUGGUAAUGGUCCCGACUAAAUAGACGCAGUUCAAGAAGCACAAAAAGUUACACAUCAGCAACAUAUAAGAGCAGGCCAUGUCCUGCUCGCAAGAAUACAUAUUCGCC